AGAAUGCACAAGGAAAACUGUUCUUCAUUACCAGAAUUCUUUCUACUGGGAAUUACUAACAUCCCUGAUGUGAAAGCUAUUUUAUUUGCUGUGUUUCUAUGUGUUUAUCUUGCUAGUCUGCUGACUAAUAUUGGAAUGAUCGUUUUGAUCAGAAUGGAUCCCAAGCUUCACACACCCAUGUACUUCUUCCUCUGCCAACUCUCUUUGUCUGACCUCUGCUACUCCACUGCAGUUGGACCCAAGAUGCUGGUUGGCCUACUUACAGACAACAAUCCUAUUUCCUUUGUGGGCUGCUUUCUGCAACUCUUAAUUGUCUGCAUCUUUAUAGAUGGUGAGUGUCUUGUGCUAGCAGUGAUGGCCUUUGACAGGUACAAGGCCAUUAGUAACCCCCUGAUGUACACAGUGGAUAUGUCCAAUGUGGUAUGCUACCAAUUCUUAACUGGAAUUUAUAUUGCAUCAACUAUAGAAAGUUCCAUUGAGGUAGCACUGACAUCCAGCUUAUGUUUUUGUGGCUCUACUCAGAUCAAUCAUUUCUUCUGUGAUUUGCCUCCACUUUACCUCCUUUCCUGUUCUGACACACAGGUCAAUGAACUGGUUUUAUUCACCCUUUUUGGUUUCAUUGAGGUGAGCACCAUCUCAGGAGUCCUUGUCUCCUACUGCUACAUCAUCUUAUCAGUCUUAAAGAUCAGCUCUGCUGGGGGUCGCUUGAAAGCUUUCUCCACCUGUGCCUCCCACCUAACUGCACUUGGGAUUUUCCAGGGAACCAUGCUCUUCAUGUAUUUCCGACCAAGUUCUUCUUAUUCUCUAGAUCAAGACAAAAUGACCUCACUGUUUUAUCUUCUGAUUAUCCCUAUGAUGAAUCCUCUAAUUUACAGUCUGAGGAACAAGGAUGUGAAAGAGGCCUUGGUCAAACUGAAAAAUAAAUGGUGUUUUUAA